AUGGGUCGCGAACUCCAGAAGAAGAAGAACAAAUCCUCGCUCCCCAAGAAGCGUCAGAAUGGUCCGACUAAGAAGAAGGUUCUGAGUAACCCCAUCAUUGCAAAGCACUGGAACCAGAAGGAAACACUCUCCCAGAACUACCGCCGUCUUGGUCUUACGUCGCGCCUCAACCACGCAACAGGCGGUACAGAAAAGACGAUCAAGCUUCUCGGCCUCAACGAUCCCAAGUCCUCCCGCUCCGACACCGCCGCCGACAGCACCGCAAACCGCCUGAACAUCGUCUCUAAGCAGCCCACCCAAGCAAUCGACAUCGAAGAAAUCGAGGUCGAGCGCGACCCCGAGACCGGCGCUAUUCUGCGCGUAACAGGGCAGACUGAGGAGAAGUUCAACCCGCUCAACGACCCGCUGAAUGAUUUGGAAGACAGCGAUGGUGAGGCUGAGUGGAACGGAUUUGCCAUGAUACCUGAGCGCAGGGAGAACGAGCAGCAGAAUCCAGUGAUCAGCGAACUGGAAGAAGCGGCGAGGAAUGGCGCGAGGAAGGCGCCCAGGAAACAGAGUGACAGAGAGGGAGAAUGGUUAGAUAGGCUGAACGAUAAGUAUGGCGAAGACUACGGGAAGAUGGCGAGGGAUAGGAAACUUAAUCCUAUGCAACAGACGGAGUCGGACAUCAAGAAGAGGAUGAAGAAGUGGAAGGCAUCGCAGAGCGCUUGA